AUGAAUAAAAUUUUGGCAAUUACUAUCCCCUUGGCUUUACUCGCUAUUGCUGCUACUGUUGGUGGUAUCAUCAUUUUUAACAAGCACCACACUCCUAAGCCUAUUGUAAACCACACUACCAUUUUCGACUGGUAUGCUUGCUCCAAUGGUCUUGAACACGCCUAAUGUGAUGAUUUGAGUGAUGAAACUAAAAAGUCAGUUUGCUACAAUGCCUCAAAUAUCGUUAGUGAACUCACCUACAGUGACUCUGAACACGUAUUAGAAGCUUGUGCUAAAUUUGCUGCCUACCUUAAAACUGCUUCUGCCUAAGAUGAACUCAACUCAGGAUCAUUCUAUGAAAACUGUUAUCUUAACAAGCAAGUUACUAAAAACGCUGCUACCUGCUCUUACUACAACGAAAAGAUCUACACUCCUUUCUAUGUUAAGUGUGCUGGUUUCUGA